AUGAGUUUCCUCGUCAUCGAAUAAGUGUGUGUUAUUCUCUAUCAGCUGUCGAUGGUAAACGGAAUGAAAAAAAUAGCUGUUGGAUAUCGUCACUGCAUCGGCAAGGCUCAAGUUCGCUGGAUGAAAUUGUACGAGCGGGGGAGAAUUGUAUCAUUUGGAAAUCCUGAAUUUGAGAUUUCAUUAGUUGAGAACAGAAAUGGCCCCCACAGCCUAUGACAAAGACACUGGUAAGCCAAUCACUAGUGGAAUACAAAAUGGACGUCCCGUGACUGUCAAACUCCCACCACCAGAAGGCGCUCCAACAUUACUUCCGAAGCUAUGGGAACUUCAAAUAGUCUGGAACGUGAUAAUCUGUUGUGCGUUCAUUUUGCUAGAUGUUUUGAAGCAGUUUGGUACGUAUGGAACCAAAGAGUACAACUCAGGAAAAUACCCCAUAUCCCAGGCAACCAUUGUGGUGCUCACCGAGAUGAUCAAACUUGUGGUUACCAUGGCAAUAUUAUAUUGUCAAGGGGGAUUAUACACUAUGAAGUUGUCAUGGAAAUUCGCGAUUCCUUCUCUUAUAUAUGGAAUGAACAAUAACCUCUACUUGUAUGCGUUGAACUUUGCCCCGCCGCCGCUGUGGAAUAUAUUGAUCCAGUCACGUGUUUUCAUGACGGCGCUGAUCUACCGUAUCGUUUUUCAUCGGAGGAUCCCACCUCUCCGCUGGAUGGCGCUAUUCCUGCUGAUCUUCGGCAUUAGUCUGGCUGAAGCAUCCGGGUCAUCACAGAACAAUACGACAAUGGCAUCUAUGAAUUACCUACUGUUUGCCGUCUUACUUAGUGUGGUCAGUGCAUCACUGUCAACUGCCGCAUCUGUUUAUACAGAGUACCUGUUCAAGAAUGAUGAGAGAUCAUUUUGUGAGCAGCAAGUUCAGCUUUAUACAUACGGCGUUGUUAUGACCGGCGCCUGGGCCUUGUAUAUCACCAACGGACAUCCGUUCGCCGUACAAGGGGAGCUGACUAACACCACUGUGGUUCUACUAGGGAUGACCAUGCUUGUUGGUGGACUGGGCGGGUUGGCCGUAGCGGUCAUCAUCAAGAGCAUCGACAACAUAGCUAAAAUCUACUCCGCUACAAUUGCUAUCUUAUUGACUGCAGUUGUCUGUGCUAUUUUCUUCCCGUUAAAAUUCCAUCUUAAUUGGAUGUAUGUGGGGGCUGUUGUGACCAUAUUCGUGUCGUCUGUGAUGUACGAGCGAGGGAAGCCAGUGAACGGUCAGGGCAGUGGCUCACAUAAUAGUACCGAUAACGUGGCUCUUAGAACAAUAACAGUUGAACCUAAGCUGGCGGCUAAGUUUACAGUGGAUGUGACGGAAGGGGAUCUGCACUAUUCUAAUCGAACUGGAAGUCUUAGUCGAUAACUGUGUAUAUAGGAUCACUAGCCUAUGUGUGUGUUUAUGUGUGUGGGGGCAGUAUGAUAUCCAUUAUUCUUAUACGAAAUAUCAGCUUUACUUUUUGUUAUUAUUAUCAUAGAAAGUCGACAAUCUCUCGUAAAGCCCAUACCGUCAGUGAAUUCACAUUCGGUGAUAUAUUGUAUCAUGGAGAAAGAAAAUAUUCACGCUGCCCUCAAUGGUGAAGCACUACGUUUUGUCUGGUAUUACGAGGAGAUGCACCACAGCGAUAAGACGUGAUGUCAUCUAAAACGUGUAAUACAUGUACUAGUACACCAUUCCUAUGAGGUGAGCCUUCUAGUGACGGAGCCAUUAUAUGACGUCAAAAUGACGUAUGUAUAGGUUGAGACAAUGUAAAAUUUCUGAAAAAAUAGUGACGCUUUCAACGGCCUUCGUGUCACCUAAUUACGUCAUAGUAAGCUUUCGUCGCCAACAUUUUCCAAAUUUAUUCAGCCAUUAUAUUUUAAGACGGGUAUAGAUGGCCGAUGAUAACGUUGUCUUGCUAUAUUGGUUGUUGUUUUUAAAACUUCUACGACCAUUCCCACACAGAAUAAUUAUGAUUGGUCUAAUGGACAGGCCUGAUAAUGUAGGUUGGAAUUGCAGUGAUAGUUAUAGAUGAGUUCCCGUUCAUUGCGAGAUCUCGCGUAUUGCGUAGUAAUAUACUUACUUUAUAAAAAUUGACCAUCAUCAAAUGUGUAUAGCACAUUAUUACGCUCGGAAAUACUUUCGUCUAGUCCCGCGAGAAGUUUGACGUCACUACGACUCUAUGAAUUUGUUUGUCUUGUUUUCGCGUUCGAUUUCUCGUGGAUCGCGCAGUGAAAGGAAAAUGGACUGAUUUAGAAUAUUUUUGAAUACGCUAACUUAAAAUAACCACAGUUGUAUGAGCAUGUAUUCCAACAAAUAAUGAGUAUUCAUGACGUGAGUUUUACCUAAUUACCAUCUAAAUAAAAUAAAGAGAAACAUUCAACGGUGAUGUACUUAUAUGAAUGUAUAUUAUUCACUACUGUUAAUAAACCAUAUUUUUA